ACGCGCGCGCGCAGCGCCACGCCGCGCCGCGCCACGACGAGCGCGCGCCAACCCACACCAAACCAAACGGAUAGCAGCGGCGAGCUGAAUGCUGCCGCCUACUGCCCUGCUGCCCCCCUAGCCCGCCAUGCUGCCACCCGUCGUCUCCGCGGCGCCCGCCUGCUCCCCGCUCUGCCCCGUCGCGACGGCGUCGGUGGCCCACGCCGCCGCGCCGGCGCUGCGCGGGAGGGUGGAGGUGGCCGCGCUCAGGUCCUACGCCGCCGACCCGCUCGCCGCCCGGGUGCCCGACCGCCCGCUGCUCGCCGACUCGUCCAUCCUCUCCCCCUACUCCGCCUCCCCCGACGACAUCGCGCGGGGGCUCGCCGCCGGGGAGGCGCCCAGCGCGGAUGCCGCCGCCGCCGCCGCCGACGCGCUCUGCUGCGGCGGCGGGGUCGAGCCGCCGCCGCUGACGGCCGUCUCCGACCUCGCCGGGGACGCGGCCGUCAACGACGCCGCGGAGCGGGCCCUGCUGGACGCGCCGGUGCCCUCCACGUUCCCGGCCGACGCGUCCGACGCCGAGGCCGCCGUCGCGAGGUUCGUCGACUCCGUCGGGAAGAAGGUCUUCCAGGCGGAGGACGCGCUCACCGAAGGGUACGACAAGCUGCGGCUGUCGGCGUAUGAGGCGCUCGGCGCCUGGAGGAAGUCCGUCGACGGAGCGAUUGGCGGCCUCACGGCGUCGGUGGACGCCACCAAGAAGCAGGCCGCCGGUGGGGUGACGGACGCUUCCGGUGCGUUGCAGGACAAGGUGGCCGGAGCUGGUGCCGUGGCUGCUGACGUCCUUAGGAAGGCCAUCGUUGCCGCCGAGGAUUCACUGGGCAGUGCUGCCACUUCUGUUGGAUAUUACUAUGGAUCAGCGAAAUCGGCAUUGCCACCGAAUGUGAAAGAUUUGCUCAACUCCUCCGAGGAGAAAGCUAGCCUAGUGUUGAAACCGAUUGGAGGUGCCCUUCAACAGGUAUAUGUAAUCGUUGAAGGUAUUGAAAAGAAUGUUGGUUUGGACCCAAGUGAUCCUAUUGUUCAAUUGGCAGUUCUUCUUGGAGGUUCAACGACAAUCGGGUUAUCUUAUUGGCUCUUCGCAUAUGGCGGUUACUCUGGAGACUUGUCACCCGAGUCCACACUAGAGCUAUUGAGAAAUGAUGACAAAGCCGUACUUAUUGAUGUUCGGUCUGAGGACUUGAGAGUGAAAGAUGGAAUUCCAGAUCUACGCCGUGCAGCUAGGUCUAAAUAUGCAACUGCUGCUUCACCAGAGAUUAAAGGUUCAGUAAAGAAGCAACUUAAAGGUGGAAGGGAUGUUGAUGACGCGUUGCUUGCGGUUGUCAUCCGCAACUUGAAGUUGGUUAAAGGUGAUUCAAAGGUUAUAAUUAUGGAUGCUAACGGAAGCCGAUCAAAGGCCAUUGCUAGGUUACUGAAGAAACUUGGUGUGCAGCGACCUUACCUUGUUAAAGGUGGUUUCCAAUCUUGGGCAAAGAACCUUCGUGUGAAAGAAUUGAAACCCGAGACUGCAUUAACAGUAAUAAAUGAGGACGCUGAGGAAAUCCUUGAAGACAUAAAGCCCACUCCAACACUUGUCCUUGGAUCUCUUCUGGGCCUCUCAGCAGCAGCAUAUGCUUUGCUAGAAUGGGAGACGACUUUGCAGUACAUUGGUGUUCUAGGCCUUGGUCUGACUAUCUAUCUGCGGUUCUCUACAUACGAGGGUUCAGAGGAUUUGCAGCAAGAUCUAAAGCUGUUGCUUUCCCCGGUAAGAGUAGGCGCAGAGGCGUUCUCGUGGGCGGCCAAGAAGCUGGAGACGAACAGCGUUGGCCUCGCGACGUCUCCCUCGACGACGGCCGUCCAGGACCGGGUUCUCCAGGCUGCGGCGAAGCAUGAGUCGCAGCCGCCUGACGCCGACGAGCCGCCGUCCACCAAGGCGGCGGACGGUUUGGUCUCUGAAGCAUGAGAGCUUUUCUGUCUGUGGCCGGUGUGAGAUCCAGAUGAGAUGAUCACAAUCUGUGCAGCUGAGUGAAGUCGUUAGCCAGUAGCCAAGCACCCAGUUAAUUCGGUGAAAAAAAAGGAAAUUUGAUGUGUUCACCUAUAGUUAAUUGACGUUUGCCGCCGCGGUGACUUCCGGCAGUGUAAAUUUAUAAGCAGCAUUCAACAAUAACAAAACACACGUUAGUACAAA